AUGACUUCCGGAAGACACAGGGCGCGUCAACCACAGUCUCAGAAGCUCACAGACAAGGAGAUUUUGGAGUUGAAGAACUACCUUCCUGAGUGGACUGCCGCCAAAAGGAGUGAGAAGAGGGGGAUUUUCACUGCCAUAGCAAGGGCGGCCAGGUUGUUUGCUCCUAAGGUGGACCAAAAACAAUGGAAAAAGAGGAAGCAGGUGUACAAGACUUGGUUGUUCAACAACAAGAAAAAGAAGGAAAGGAAGGACACCAUCAAAUACAGUUUGACGCCCAGGAUGGUGGUCUACCAGCAGAAACGCGAAGAGGUGCUGAAGAGGAUUGAGGACGAGUCGGGGGUAAAGCCCGGAGAUCCUGGUAUGUUCAAACAUUAUCAGGCGGCGGUGAAGAGAGUCAUGGCUGAAUUGGACGACGACGAGUUGGAGAAGGCGAAAGAAACAGCGGAAGAGUGGUCCAACAACUGUCCGCCUCCGGAGAUACAAGCACAAGUCGCCCGUAAGAAGGGUCCGGCAUAUAUGGAGCACUUUCGAACGAGAUGUGGAGGCAAUAAUGAAAAGGGAGAGGUGCUGUUCGGGAUGCAUGAUGAUAACGAGGCCUUAGGAGACGGGGACAGCUUCAUGAAGACGAAGGACUGGGAGGACAUUGAGCCAGUGUGGCAGGAGUACGCGCAGGAACAGUUCGGUGCCGGGGCACGGGAUGGAGGACGUCAGGUCAAGGGAGGUCGAAAAAGAAUUCGAAAACCAGCUUUCGAACUCGAAAUGGACGGGGAGGGAGAAGAAGGCCAUAGUGAGGGCCUUUCUUACAUCGCACUAUCGGAUAUGUUCCGGAAGGACAAGGCGGUUGUACCAUGGAGUGCCAUUGUACAAAGUCAGGAUGACUUCGUGGCCCGGACGUAUCUUCUGGCAGAUGUUGACUUGAAGGAGCCUUCAAAGCUGCAAAAUUGGGACACGACUGCCUUGCUCCAUUUCUGGCAUGCUCGGCAGGAAACAGGAGAAGGUCCCACAUUUCUGUUCAAAGCAUGUAAGAACAAAGAUGGGGACAUGGUACCAUCUGUCAUAUCUGGCAAGUCGCCCUCUCCUCAGACUAGUAUAGUGAGAAAGCAGCAGAGGGUUACCAUCCGAGGGCCUCGGGAUUCGUCGACAGAAGCCGAGAGUGAUAAGGAGAGUGCCACUAAUCAUACGGAGGAUGAUGUGGAUGAUGACCUGGCUGACGGGAGACAUCCGCUGAUGAAACCCAGGACGGGAGGUCCUACACCAAAAGGGACGGCAGUCCCACGUGCAAUUCCAAAGCCUCGCCGGGCCAAGCCAGCCAAAAAAGGUGCAUUACUGACAUCAAGAAUGGGCGACCUCCUUGCUGGGUUAACUGAAGACGCGACCAGAGAAGUUAGAGAGGAUGUUGAAAUGGAAGAGAGUAUCACGCCGCCGGCACAGAAAAGGGGGCGGGGCAAGAAAGUCACAGUUGAACCAUCCACGAGGACGACCCGGAGUAAGUUGCAAAUGCCAGUAGACAGUACACCUAGAGUAACCAGAGCACGGGGACGCACUUAA